AUGAUUCACAGCUUCAGUUUCAAUCUGGCAGGUGCCUUUACAGAAGCACAGCUUGAGCACAUACACCUGUGUUCCGCACAUACACCUGCACCCGUAGUUCUCGAACAGCAGCAUCAGCAUCAACAGUCAUGUCAACAGCCAAGCGUCUCCCCCGCACUUUUUCUUAUCAAAUAUACGGGGCAAUCUGGAGAAUAUCAGGAGCAGCAAGUGGAUCUAGACGUAUUGGAUAGCAGACAGGUUCAGCUGCAGACAGACUUAUCUGUGCCGGCAUGGCACGAGCUACCACGGCAAAAUCACAUCCUGCCACCUCAUCAACCAACUCUGUCACCCUCCAUGGUUCCACUGCCUCAACAACCCAAUCAGCUCUCGCAACCUGACAUAGCAUCGAUUGUUUCAACUGCAGAAUGUCUAAGCUCUAGACGACAGAUGGACAGUUCAACCCAGCACAUAACUACUAUGCAAGUUUCACAGCUGCUAGAUACUGUUACUGAUUGCAUGAGCCAGAGCCAGCUUAUGCAAAGUUCCCAGCUGUGUUCGCAGAUACUUAAAGAAGAGCACAUGCAAAUGCGCCGAUCCCUUCAGCUAUCCCAUGCAGACUAUAAGCUUAAAUCAUAUUACCCUAACCGGGCCCUUAGGACCUAUCCAUGUCACGCAUACCUUGCGAAGCUAAUCAAAAACAAGGGCUAUAUGGCCACGAUACCGUACUUACGCGUCUCCAAUGAACACGGAACGUUAAUCUUCGGCUCAUUGGCAGUUGGGAUGCUGGAUCUCCGUGAAAUAUCAAUUAGCCGGGGCACAAUAGAUCUAAAAGGACCCUUUCAGAGAAUGCACUGUGCAGUCAUUUUAACCAUUCACAGCAACAGCCGGCCAUCUGAAAAAGACCUCGAGGAGCUAUGCAUGCAAAUAGAGUUAAAGCACCAGCAGUAUGGUUCCAUCUGCAUACACACAAGAGACGUGAUAGGCUCUGCUAAUACUGACUCUGAUUGCAUCAUCAAGGUGUCUUUCUCACUUAAUUGUGGCGCAAAGUCAAGCACAAUUGUGUAG